AUUUGAGCAGGCAGAGCUGCUGUAUCCGAGCACUCUAUACAUCAAUGAUGCAUUUAUUUCAAACCCAUGAUAUACAGAAUGGAUCUCUCUCGAAAUACAUUUAGGUGAACAUCAACUUAUGGUGUUAAACGCACAUCUCAAAGGCAUCUUUCCACACAUGUGCAGCGAUAUAUAGCGCGUGAGUGCCGCCACAGCAGCGCGCUCGGACGCGCUUCUCUCUUUUUUUUUUGACGCACAAUGGAGAGCCUGCUGAAAGAAACGGUUUACUGGACCUUCAACGACUCCUGGACAAAUUCAAGCAAGGCACACGGAAGCAGGGGAUUGAACCAAACCGUAAAUCCCCUGAAGCGCAACGAAGAAGUGGCGAAAGUCGAAGUAACCGUCCUGGUGUUGAUUCUGCUGCUGGCGCUCGCCGGAAACCUGUGCGUCCUCGUGGCUAUCCAGACGAGUAAACACGGUCAGUCGCGGAUGUACUAUUUCAUGAAACACUUGAGCAUAGCUGACCUGGUGGUGGCGGUUUUUCAAGUUCUCCCCCAACUUAUCUGGGACAUCACCUUUCGCUUUUACGGACCAGACUUUUUGUGCCGCUUGGUGAAGUACCUACAGGUGGUCGGCAUGUUUGCGUCCACUUACAUGCUCGUGCUGAUGUCUAUAGACAGAUGUUUGGCUAUAUGGCAGCCUCUGCGAUCCCUGCGCCGUCGAAAGGACCGUUUUUUCGUGCUGGCCUCUUGGAUUAUAAGCCUUCUCUUCAGUUUGCCGCAGGUGUACAUCUUCUCCCUCAGAGAGGUGGGCGACGGUGUCUUCGACUGCUGGGGGGAUUUUGUUCAGCCCUGGGGCGCGAAGGCUUACGUGACGUGGAUUAGUCUCACGAUCUACAUCAUCCCCGUAGCCAUUUUAAGCGUUUGUUAUGGACUUAUCAGUUACAAGAUAUGGCAAAACUUUAAGCUGAAGACCCGGCGAGACCAGUGUCUGUCCUUGACCCCGAGGCCAGCCAAGGGCACCGCGCUCUCCCGCGUCAGCAGCGUCAAGCUGAUCUCCAAAGCUAAGAUCAGGACGGUGAAAAUGACUUUCGUGAUCGUCCUGGCUUAUAUCAUAUGCUGGACGCCUUUUUUCUUCGUCCAGAUGUGGUCCGCCUGGGAUCCAAUGGCUCCAAGAGAAGCUAUGGCGUUCAUUAUUGCGAUGCUUCUGGCCAGUCUCAACAGCUGCUGUAACCCCUGGAUCUACAUGUUUUUCGCUGGUCAUCUGUUCUGGGAUCUCAUGCAGCGCUGUCUUACGGCUUCACACUGCGGCUGUACGAGGCAAUGGAGAUCUAAGAGCCAUUCAGGCACGGGUGCAGUGAGGAGCACCAGCAGCCAGAAGAGCGUGACGCAGUCCUCUACAGCAUGAGAGGAAGUUAGAAUACAUGCAGUUCGCAUUAGCGUCAUGGCCAGAACAAUAAGAUAACAUAAGCUAAGGAAUCAUUUCAAAUGAUUUUUACAGGUGUGGCGUAAACCUCAGAUACGUUAGCCAUGGAUAAUCUCCAAUCUUCUUCAGCUUAAAAUGUGUAUCUUUUACAUGUAAUGCUUGACCUGUAGCUGUCUUUGAUACAAGAGGUAUUUACCACUUUGGUGCGCUUUUAAGUAAGAGACGAAAUACGUACCAACGAGUACAUAUCACUACAGUUUCCAAAAGAAAUGAUCACUAGUGACAGUAAGACACCUUUUAUUCCUUUACGCAGUCUUAAUUAAUAAAGCAUUAUUUUCGCACAGUUACUUAAAGAAUAUCAUGCUGUGACUUCCAAACAAUAUUAAUAUACUGGGAUAUUUGAAAACUAAUGCUUUUGAAAGUUAUCACCACACAUAUCCAGCUUCAUACACUGCUCUCCAAAAGUUCGGGAACUCGCUAGAAAAGGGAUCAUUUUGCACUGAUAAGGGACAACACAAACCACGAAAACAUUUUAUUACACAAAUAAUUUAUACAUAGAAAAUACUUACGGUUUCGAUUCAUCAAAAUAUCCACCAUUAGCAGCUAUUAGAGCUCUGCAUUCAAACAUUGGCUUGGUAUAUCACUCCAAGCCUCCUGAAGGAUUGCCCAAAGAUGAUUCACACUGGUUGGACGGUUCUUACGCCAUUAUUAUAUCCAAAUUCAAAUGUAUUAUUGCUGGUCUUCAAUGAUAAUGUCAAGUUACUUUAAUGUACAGUAUUUGCACCAAAAAUGAUAAGGAUUUACGCUGAUAUUAUCAAAAAGCACACUUUGCCAGUGGUGUUUCCAAACUUUUGGAGGGCAAUGUUUCCAUGGGUUUUCAUAGAUGGUAGGUUUGUGCGGUAGUUCAUGGAGUACAGCGAUAUACUUGAGAGGUGACGAAACAGUUCAAAUCCGUGUAAAAGGAAGUUGAAAUGGAAAUUUUGUAUCAACAAAUGCAUUUUUACACCAGUUUUGCAUUUGUUAGCACUAUUGGCUAGGUUUAGGGUUUUCAACAUGGUAGGGCAUGAACUUUUAGUCCACGGAUAUUUCAAUUCUGAAGCGCUGCAAUAAAAACCUAUAUCAAUGUAAUAUCAAAAUGUGCCAGGGUUCACGUAUCUGUGAGGAUCUGCGUUUUUUUGCAACUCAGUGGAUAUUUCUCUUUGAAACUGUGGUGAAACGUGCAGUAACGCAGGUAAAAACAGCGCACAUAUUUUUAUGAGAACAGAUUGGGUAUUUACAUCCAUCUCCUCUCUAAACCACUUAUUCUCUGUAGGCCUGUGGGAGUCAUUUUAUGUUGUAUGUCUAAAGGAACAGUUCACAAAAGUGAAAAUUUGCUGAAAAUUUUCUCACCUUUUGAUCAUUCAAGAUGUAGAUUACUUUGUUUCUUCAUCGUAAAACAGAUUUGGAGAAAUGUAGAUUAGUUGCUCAUCAAUGAGUGAAUGGGUGCCGUCAGAAUGAGAGACCAAACAAUGCAUGAUAACAUCACGAUAAUCCACAAAUAAUCUACCCCACUCCAGUCAACAUCUUUGACCAUCUGAGAGAGAGUAAAGAUUGUGCUAAUUUUCAUUUUUAGGUAACUAUUCCUUUUAAUGUAUUUAUUAUGUUAUUUAUAUAAUUUAUUUACCCUCACAACAUUCCAAACAUGCAUGCAGAAAUUCUCACAAUGGCAGAUUUUUUUUCUCGGAUAAACCAAAGUCUGUUUCAAGUACGUAUAAAUAAAAGUGGUGAUGGAAGGAUGAUGGAUAAAGAAUGCCCAAAAAUAAGUAUAAGGAUUUUAAUGAGAAAUAAAGAUUAUAUGAAUUAUGUUUCUCCUGCCAAAUUUUAAAACUCCAAUAAAAUUCAUUCUGUUAUGUUUUCAGAUCAAGCAUUGAGGACAAAUGUAGAAAAUAUUUGCAUUUCAGAAUUUUAACAGAUCAGAUAAUACUCUUUAAAGAAAUACAGCAUAUAUUCAGUUGACUAUGUCUCAACUUUUACAAAUUCCGCAUCUUUUAUCCUGUUAUUAUAUGAAGUAACAAAUCACACCUAAUAACAGUAAAUUCAGAAUUAGCACUUUUUCCUACAUGAAUGUCUCUGUGUGUGUGUGUGUGUGUGUGUGUGUGUGUGUGUGUGUGUGUGUGUGUGUGUGCCAAAUGUCACCACAAAGAUAGUAAAACUUGACAUUUUUGACAUGUGGGGACUGGCCUGCGAUCCCCAUGAUGGGAAAAUAUUAAAAAUAGUAAAUGAUGUUUAUCUGAAAGUCUGACAAUGCAACCAGGUUUUCCAUAAGGGAUAUGUUUAAGGUUAGGGUUGGGUUAUGCAAUAAAUAUAGUUUGGUCAGUAUAAAAGUAAUAGAAGUCUAUAGAAAGUCCCCACAAUUCACCGAAACAAAUGUGUGUGUGUGAGAGAGAGGGAGAAGAAAUAACUUGUUUUCUUUUUUAAGGGGGAACAGUUCACCCAAAAGUGAAAAUUGUGUGGUAAUUUACUCACUUUCAUGUUGUUCCAAGCCCAUUUAAUUUUCACGCCAUUUGCAGAUCACAUAUCAACGGGAUUAAGGGUUUUAAAGUAUAGCUGUUACAUUCUUUGCAGCCAUUCACACGGACUACAGGAGUUACAUUAAAUAACAUCUUAAAAGCUAUUGCAUGGCUUUAGAAGACUUUGUUGCGCUUGAAUGGACUUUUAUGCCGCUUUCAUGAAGCCUGACAACAAUAUGCUUUCUUGAAGAAGAAGAGCAGCUCAGAGAUUAGUUAGGUAGAAGUCAUACCAGUUUGGAUUGGAAGGUGAGUAAAUGAUGAGAACAUUUUUAAUUUUUUUGUGACCAUUCAGUGGUUUUGAUGUUCCAGGGGUGUUCCCUCAUCAGUAUUUUGUAAAAAUAUACUGUAAAUAUUGUUCUCACAGCACCUCAAUACGGCUGUGAUUCACUUGAAUGUAAUCUUAUUUAUUAAACUGUGUGUUCUAACAAAUGUA